UACACACAAACACAGUCGCACUGUGAGAGAAGAGAGCAGUUGUUUUAUCUUUUUGAAUACAAAGUUAUUUUUACGUUUACAUACUAACAAAUUGGAAUUAUUUACCACUUAUUUGAAAGCAAAAAAUGUCUGUUCCUCACAAAGUUGGGACAGUGAAAUCUAGACAGGCACCUAAUGUUAACACCCACCAAAAGGCAGCUGUGGCAAAGAGUGUCAAAGCCAUUGGAAAGAAGAAGGAGGAAGAGGAAGGUUUAGACACAGCCGAAGGAGAGGAAUGGAUGCAGGGGAAGACUCUGGUGAAGCCUCCAGACCAGCUGGACUUAACUGAGGCAGAGCUGAAUGAAGAGAUUACCAGAGUACUCAAAGCAAGCAAUCCAAAUGCUCCACAAAACAUCGUCAGAUAUAGUUUCAAAGAGGGCUGCUAUAAACCAAUCGUCUUUGUGGAUCAGAUGGCUAUUCACUUUGAACUAGAAGGGAAUCUUGUGCACAAGGAAACUGAUGAAGGUCGGAGAUUGAUGGCUAAGCAAGCUGAAGUGGAUGAUGGUGGAGGAGCUGAGAGGUCAGACAAUGUGGCCAUCAGAGCUGGCAAGAGAGAGCAGAAACUCACCAACCAGUUCAACUUCAACGAGAGAGCCUCUCAGACACUAAACAAUGCUCCAAGAGACAUAAGUUGUCAAACUGAGCCUCCUCCUCGUGCAAACUUCUCAGCAACAGCCAAUCAGUGGGAGAUUUAUGACUUUUACGUAGAGGAACUUCAAAGGCGGGAGAAAAGUAAAGAGAAGCACGAAAGCCAGUUCCUAAAUAAGGAGGAGGACAAGAGCAAGAAGAAGAUGAUUCAAACUGAGACUCAGAAUGAUGACAUAUCCCAACUAGCUAAGGCGGUCAAGAUCAUUGAGCGUAUGGUGAAUCAAAAUAUAUUUGAUGACGUUGCACAAGAUUUCAUGUACUUUGAGGAUGCAUCUGAUGAAUUUAGAGGAGAGAAGGGCACUCUUCUCCCACUAUGGACGUUUCAGUAUGAUAAAGCCAAAAGUCUGUCUGUGACUGCCCUCUGCUGGAAUCACAAAUACAACGAUUUGUUUGCCGUUGGUCUUGGUUCUCAUGAAUUCACUCAGCAGGGGGGUGGCAUGCUUCUCUUCUACACCCUGAAAAACCCAAGUUACCCAGAAUUCAUCUUUAACACGGCCUCAGGAGUAAUGUGUUUAGACAUCCAUGAACAUUUGUCCUACCUGGUGGCUGUGGGAUUGUAUGACGGCUGUGUCGCAGUGUACAACCUGAAGAAAAAGACUGAUCAGCCUAUUUAUGACAGCAGAGCCAGCUCUGGCAAACACACAAGUGCUGUGAUGCAGGUGAAGUGGCAGAAAGAUGAUUUGGACAGUAAUCACAACUUCAUCUCUGUGUCUGCUGAUGGACGGCUGGUGUCUUGGACUCUGGUGAAGCAUGAACUAGUCUUCACAGACAUUAUCAAGCUCCCAGUCAUUGACACAAUUCCAGAUGACUUGAAGGAUAUCAUUCCUACAGUUGGAACAUCUUUGGACUUCCACAAACAAAAGGACUACAACUUUCUUGUUGGCACUGAGCAUGGAAAGAUUCACAAGGGCUCUAAAUACUAUUCUAGCAAGUUCCUGGAAAAAUAUGAUGCCCACUUCAUGACUGUCACUCGUGUGAGGUGGAAUCCCUUCCAUCCUGAUGUCUUCAUCUCUUGUGGCUGGGACUGGAUGGUCAAAAUUUGGGAUCAAACUAUGAAGUCUCCCGUUUUCACCUUUGAACUGAAAACUUCAGUGACAGAUGUAGCCUGGGCUCCAUACUCCUCUACUGUCUUUGCUGCUGUCACCACUGAUGGAAAGGUCCAUGUGUUCGACCUCAACAUCAACAAAUAUGAGGCUCUCUGCCAGCAAAAAGUGGUGUCCAAGAAGACCAAGCUCUUGCACAUCGAAUUCAACCCUGUCCAUCCCAUCAUCAUCGUGGGCGAUGACCGCGGCCAUGUCACCAGCCUCAAGCUCUCUCCCAACCUCCGCAAGAAGCCUAAGGAGAAGAAGGGUCAGGAAUUGCCGAAGGGGCCGGAGGUGGAAAUAACAAAGAUGGAGCAACUGUUGAGCUCACUGAGGUAGCCUGGGAACAACCAGAAGAACUGAGGCACAGUAAGACCAGGACGACUGCAAAUACUACACAUUUAUUACAAACACUAAAAUAUACAGUGGCUAUAAAAGUCAGCACACCUCUGUUAAAGUAUUUUUCCAUCUUUAAUGUAAUACUGAAACCAACACAAUUCAUGUAACAGCAAACAGAAACUUUUAAGGAAAGAAGAAUGAAAAGUAAGACUUGAAAUAUCCUGGAUGCACAAGUAUUCAGCUAAUAUUAGCUUUUUCCUUUUAGUAGAGCAGCCAGUGUUUUUGAAUAGUCAUCUAUCACCUUUGUAAAUCUUGAUUUGUUCAUUUUUUUCAGUCUUGCAAAAGAGCCCCAUGUCAUUUCAGUUUUAUAUAUAUAUAUAUAUAUAUAUAUAAAUUAGAUAGGUGUAGGCUCUGACUGGGCCUUUACAAAACAUGGUUCUUCUUCUCAAGCCAAAUGUUUGUUGACUUUGAUUUGGUUUUUGAGAUUUUAAAUUUGUGAUGAAACAUUAAUUUCAACUUCAUCUUCAUUUUAGUGGAGGCCAGCAGGUUUUGUGCCAAUGUAUAAGGUAUUUAACACUACACAUGAUUGUCCUUAUCUUGAUAUUGCCCCAGUCUCAGCUGAACAGAAGCAGUCCUAUAGAAUGAUACGUACACAACCAUGCUUUAUUAUAAGUUAGAGCUGGAUAAUUUGAGAAUCAUGUUUUCUUCUUUCAAAUGGAGAUCACAAUUCUCUAACAAUUCUGAACCAUGUAAAAUAACAUACAAUCACCUAAUUCUGUUAAAAAAUCUUUAAUUAAUUUGAAUUAUUUAUAAAAAAAAAAGUUUGAAUAAAUGACACAAUGACUCAUUCACUUCACUUGUUUUCAUUACUGAAUGAUCAGCGUUUUUUAAUGAAUGAUUCAGUGACAACAUUUUUAAGUCACUUGUCUCAACAAUGUAAUCGACAAAUGUUAUUUGAAAUUAAAAUUACUUUCAAAAGA